AUGGCAGGCAUAUCUGUUAAUACUGCUGCAUUUGCACAUGAUGAUACCCCAGCAAUUAAGGGGCAUGAACAACCGCGAAACUGGCCCAUGAUAGACCUGCAGGACACUGCAGAUACAUCCGGUCUUGCCAUCUCCUUCCCUUCACAGUCGCCCAGCACCACCAAGCCGCAGAGGAGCGAGACUGCCUCCUGCAAUGACAAAAGGCCUUGUACACCGCAUCACCAAUUUUCUGCUCGCCCGGCCAAUUUCACAAACUCCUCCGAACCCAGGUCGCUGGCGGACACUCCGAGAGCACCGCGAACUAGACCAGGGUUGCGCGGCAAUUCAGAAUCCACACCUAAUUACACCACAUCUUGGACCGCUCGGAGCACUCCUGACCUCUCUUCACCUAGUCAAGGAUCAACUUGGUCACACUACACCGAUCGUCUUCGCAACAUCAGUGGUCUUCAGACUUCGUCCAUUUAUACGACGCCGGCCAGAGGACUCGCCACACGAGAGUCGUCACCAGCAACCUCUUUGAGAUCGGUGACAUCCUCGGCAACGGGCUCCGCAACAUUAUCCUUUAUCGCUUCAAAGAUGGCUGCUCUCAAGACCAUAGCGUCGCCUUUGCUCACCGGUAAUGGCUGUGGGAAUGAGCUGAUUGAUCUGGAUAUCGAAGCUACGCUCUUCCCCAACGGCGCGCCGCAAGACGGGGAGGCCGUCUCACCCGCGGACUACAAAAGCCUGCAGAUAAACGCCCUCGAACUCCUCCAUCGCUUCCAAGCUACAUAUAAGAGCCAGACUAUUGAGUUUUGCACACUCAAGGCCGAAAAAGAGGCCCUCGAAGACGAAAAGUGCGAAGCAGAGACCCGCGCGCGCCAUGCCAAGUUGCAACUGGACGAGGUUGCCAGCAAGGCAGCCGAGAGGGGGGCCGCCAUGCAGGCUUAUAUUGAUGAGCUACGGCAAGAGAAUAGAGCAAUGGUACAAUACGUUCGCUCACCAAUGAUGUCUGAGGAUCUCGGCGUCGAGGAGGACCAGGCCAAGAAGAUGUGGCGCCGCAGCGGUGAUACUUUCAAGACCGAGGCUAGCUCUGACACGGACGAGGAGAGCGUCGCCGAAGUCAGCAUCUUUUCAAGGCCAAGAAGCCCAACCAUGGCUACUCCAAGUUCCGAGAUGGGCCCCCACGGACCGAUGCCUCGCGGCCGUGCAUCCGUCUCUGGAGCCUCCAUUCACACCGUGUCUUCCCAGAAGCCCCAACAAAUGACGGCGUUUCGCAAGCUCAUCAAGGGCAUCUCUGGCGAGGCCGACGUUCGUACCGUCACCGAGUGUAGCAACUGUCACGGUCAACACGCUAGUAUAGCCUGGGACACGGCGAGUCUCAUGCGGGACGAGAACCGCGGCCUCAAGAUGCGAGUCACCGAGCUGGAAUCGGCACUUGAUGGCGCGCUGGAUGUAGUAAAUGGGCUGGAGCUGUGA